ACAAUUCACCAAACAAAUGUGCUGGAGCGAUGGACCUGGAGGCGAAGACGUGGCCACUGCAGCCGUGGCUGCCGCAGCCUUUGCAGCCAACAAGAUCGAAAAUUCAGCCACACCCGACCGCAGCCCAACGAGUGCGGGCCCUGAGAGCACAUUAUCUAAGGCCAAGUCGAAAAGGCAUAACGUAUUGACGCAACUAGAAACUGGUGAAGAAUCAAUAAAGAGCCUAGACAGAAAAAUACCGAUAACCGGUCCCGCGCAACCCGUGCAAAAACGUCCUAGUUUUGCCGAGAAGCUCUUGGAAAGCACCGAGGACGCCAAAGGAGGAGCACCCACACCGCCAAAACCAUCCCCUUUCAUCAAGAAGGCCUCCUUAUCAGCUGAUAAACAGUUCAAGAAGGUCACCGCUAUGACAGCCGAGAUCUCAUCGACUGAACCGCUUCCCACCACCAAACCCGCAGCUCCACCGCCACCCAAUGGAAGCGAAUUGAAUGAGAAGGACCAGAUGAGACAGGACUUGUUUUGGAUCAAGAAAAGUUACGACAACCUGAUAUCAGUUAUAGCUACGUGGGAGAGCCGAAAGAAGCUAAAGGCCAAACGCAAAUUGGACGAGACGCAGAGGGAACUGGACAGAAAAAAAGCCAAAGCAUCGCAAAUACAUCGGUCCAUCCAGAGGGAACUGGAGAAAAAAGGAGAAGAAGCAUCGAAAACAUAUUGGACCCAGAAGGAGAGGAUUGAACUGAUCACGGCUGCAGCGAGAGCACAGGCAAAGGAAAGGCAAAGGAGUGAAGAGUUGAAGGCUAGAGAUAAAUCAAAUAGACCCACAACCACUUGGAAACUUCCUAUUACAUGUCUCUGCGUUAGAAAUCGUCGGUCCUGAACUGCCUCUCCCAAAAUACUCGAAGCUGAGGACGUAAAAUAUAUUUUUUCCUAUCCGUUUCUCUCAGUGUGAUCACAAGGAUACCUUUGCACAGUCUGAGUUUGCAAUAUGUUACACGACCGCUUCAUAUCAUUUGCUGUUAAGGUAACAGUGGAUAUGAUA